AUGAUCUCUCAAAACAGGCUGCAGACGGCAACCUACCUGCUGGCGGUUUGCCCGUUUUCCAUCGCCUUCUUAGUGUUUAUGAAUUCGGCAGUAUCCUUUGUUGUUACCGACCUAAUUCAUCUUGAACAUGGCCACGGGAAUGCUGUUGGGACUCUAGGGUUUGCAGACGAGCUACUGGCUCUUAUUGCUUGCCCCGUGUGGGGGCUGAUAUCCGAUCGCAUCGGAGCUAGAUAUGUAUCGACCAUUGGCUACUUCAUUGUUGCCACAUCACUGGUGUUAUUUGUGCAAGCCAAAAAUGUUUACCCCCAACUCUUGCUCGGAAGACUGCUCUUCUGCCUCGGUGGUUCUGCAGUGGCAACCAUGGUGACAGCGCUACUUCCAGCUAUCACCGCUAAUCAUGAUAUCGCCAAAUGCCCAGCUCCUGGCGUUGCCCCGCCCCAGGCUGGCUCUCUCAGUACCGCCAACACGCCGCGUAGUGUGUUUAUGGAUGAUCAGCAUCCUAGUGUAACAGCACAAGAACGACCAGGAGGCUCUGCACCCCGACUAGCUGGGUACGUCGGAAUGCUGACAGGUUGUGGCGCGCUCAUCGCUCUCCUCUUAUUCUUACCCCUGCCGGUACGAUUUCAGAGAGCUGGUUAUUCUCCUGCGCAAGCGAUCAAAUUAAGCUUCUAUGUUGUUGGUCUGGUAUCGUUUGUCGUUUCAAUUGUGUGUUUUUUUGGGUUAAGUGGUCUUCGAGGCGAUGAAGGGAAAUCGCUUAAGUUGCUCCUUGGGUUCAUUGAGAAAGACAAUGCCCCAGGGACAGGAGAGCAGCCCACUGUCAGCUUGGGGAAACCAUCCCAUCAUUCCCCACGUUCCUAUCUAACCCAGUUUUCCAUCGCCUUGAAAGCAGGGAUAACUAACUAUAAUAUCGGGCUGGCUUACAUCGGUGGAUUUGUCGCGCGAUCAUCUUCUGUUGGCAUCACCCUGUUUAUUCCACUCUAUGUUAUGCAGUAUUAUCGACGUUCCGGGCUCUGCCAUGAAGGCGAUGCAUCUCAUACGACCCAGCUCCAUAGCGCGAACCUUGGUGAUAUCAAGCAAUCCUGCCCGCGUGCAUAUGUCGUUGCAUCAAUCUUGACUGGUGUAUCGCAACUAGUAGCCUUAUUAUGCGCGCCCUUAUUUGGCUAUUUAUCCGAUAAGUCCCGCAGGUACAAUUUCCCAUUGCUAGUAGGAGCCCUUUUGGGAUCCUUAGCAUAUAUUAUAUUGGGAUUGUUAAGAACCCCCCGAAUCCAUGGCACUCAGGGCAGCGUAGCCAUAUUUGUCGAUAUGGGCCUUAUUGGGCUCAGCCAGAUUGCCGCAAUUGUAUGCAGUCUGGCUAUCCUGAGUAAUGGAAUCAAUGGAGUUCUCCCAGUUAUGGAUAAUAUUGAACAGGAAACACACGCUGAUGCGCCGUGUGAAGGGGCUAACCCAAAUACUAGUGAACCGCCUCUUGAAACGACAAACGAAUCAACCCCAUUAGUACCGGGAGACAUACACACAACCUCUUCACCACAGAGCUUGGUUCACAUCAAAGGUUCCAUCGCCGGCAUGUAUUCCCUUUGGGGAGGUGCCGGCAUCCUCAUUCUUACCAAGGUUGGCGGUCUCAUGUUUGAUACGCUCUCGCCACAGUCUCCGUUUUAUAUCCUCGCCAGUUUCAAUGGAUUACUUCUUGUUAGCGGCUUGGUUAUUGGGCUCAAGCAGCACUGGGACUCAAGGCGGCGUCGUUGA